AUGACAACUGCUGCAGUGAGUUCGGCGGUCGGACUGGGUGGCGUGGCAGUUGGACCUUUAAAUUCUGCCGAUGCCAAUACCAACAUAACUAAACCAUUGGAUUGCCCUGUACCAAAGGAAAUCCAUGACUUAGCGAACAACAUCAAGGAACAGAUCAAGGCACAUCGACGUUUUGCCGACGAGUUAUCUUCAAACAAUAUGAAGCAACUAACUAGCAUUGAACAGUAUACCAAGUUGAUAUCGAAAGGAAUUGUGGACGGGUUUCGUUCUGUUCAGAAGUCCAUUGGUGACGCGAAGGCGCUCAAGUCUUCUUCUAGGCAGGUGAUCGAGAACAGCACAAAGUUAUAA